CGCGAUGUAGCGACCCCGCUAUGUCAUGCAUCCCGUUUUCCAGGUUUCUGGUUCAACGAACACGCCAUUUAAUCGCUAAAGUCUAGUCCCGCACUCCUGUUCUAUCUCUCGACAAUACCCAGCGCGAAUACCUGCAUCCCGACGGACUAGCUUUGGGCGCACACUGCCACCCGAGAUGGGUAUACCGUACUCCCGCCAAAUCAACGCUGCAUUCGAACAAGUAACGCCUCUCGUAGCGGCGGGCUUCAAAGUCCUCCGUACAACACGCGAUAUCUCUAUCUUGCUUGCCGUCAUCCAAGUUCUUACCGUCAUCCUCCUGGGAUUUAUUUUUGUUGCGCUCGUCUUACUGCUAUAUUGCGUGAAUCCGGAUUUGGAGGAAGAAAGAAAAGCCAUCGUAACGCCAUGGCUCCGGUACUUCGCUAGUAUAACGUUAUGGUCGAUUUUCAAGACCUUGUUUUCAAUGCUAGUUGUGAUGGGGCUUGCAGCAGCGGCGACAUGGCACUUUCUCUUGGCGAAGCAGUGGGUGGAGGAUGUGGAGUAUGACGCGAAUGUCGACGCUGAUACGGCGUUGGAACAUCUGGAUGGAGAAGGUAAAGGAGAAAGUGGAGGCAAUGGAGGCAAGAAGGGGAAAGGUAAGGGUAAGAAGUGAGAAGAAUGUAGUUCGGAAGUGAUAGUAGUGUCAAUGGAUAAAUGAGAGAACCCUAAUGAUGAUAGAAAGACCAUGCCAGAUCCACUC